CACAACAUUUAAAAAUUAGUUGUGCUUUGGUUUUUUUAUUUUCAAUAUUACGCUUGUAAUGAAUAUUUUAGAUACUUCGAAAACUUUCAAAAUCAUCGAAAUUGUUUUAUCUUUAAUUUGUUUGACAUUGCAAAUGUUUUCCUGGGAAUUUUCUGAUAAGCAUGGCCUAAGGACUUUGGUAUGUGGAACAUUUCUGGGUUUCAUUUUAGUGGAGUUGGGCGAAAUAUUAGCGAUGUUUAUCCAUGGUUACAUUAAUAAAGUUCUUAGCGUGUUUUAUAGUUCUGCGGGAUGUGCCUUUUUCAUGAUAUGUGGUGUCCUUUUGAUUGAAAAUUGUUUAAACAGGCACUACAAAGGGCAAAAGUCGGUUCACCUAACAAAAGGAUUCUUUGCCAUUUGCAAUAGUGUUGUGUUUUUCUUGGACGGAUUUUAUAUUUCUCUGGAGAUGUUUAACUACAGUAAAUGAAUGCGCUGAACAUUCAAAUAUUUCGAUUAGUUUUAAUAAACUUAUUUUAAUUGUG